CGGUUGAUCGUUAUGGCUUCUGAGGAGGGCUGCAAGAAUCCAUCUCUGUGUGCCAAUGGCUGUGGGUUUUUUGGGAGCUCGACGACGCUCAAUCUAUGCUCCAAGUGUUUCAAAGCAUUUUGUCUCGAUCAGCAACAACCUGUUGCACCUAUUGCUAUUGUUACCAUGAACGCCAUGGUUGAUGAGGGUGGCGAUGGCACCACCCAUUCUCCCACAGCCGGUGCGGUGCUUCCAUCGUCUAGCGGCGGAGAGUCGGCGAAGCAGAGAUGCAACCGGUGCAACAAAAGGGUGGGGCCGGCUGGGGGAUUCAAGUGCCGGUGCGGAGCGACGUACUGUGCAGUGCACCGCUAUCCGGAAGAGCACGAGUGCACGUUCGACUACAAGGCUGCAGGUCGAAGUGCCAUUGCCAAGGCCAAUCCUGUUGUAAGGGCUAAUAAAUUUGAAAAGAUUUGA